CUAGUCCCCACCCCGCCUGGCCAGAGUCUCAGUCAGGGAGCCCCGGCAGCUGGCACAGCUGUUCCAGAGAACCCAGGCGUCCGGCGGGGCACCCACACUCGGCUCUCUCCAAGGCCACAGCAGGCAGCGAUCCCCUGGGAAGGAGAAGGGCCAUGGGGCGUCUUCCCGGGAGCUGGGACCCCCCCGCAUGGGGCAGCCUCUGGAAAGGGCUGCUGCUGGCAGCCUCCGUCCUGGGCUCCUGCCUCCAGCUGGUGCCGGCCCAGACCCCAGUGACCAUCGUCCUCACCCCGCCGAGCCCCGUGGUGGGAGGGGGUGUCAGCCUGGCGCCCCAGAAUCCACCACAGGACUUCGUGGUCUGCAGCUGGUACCGAUCAGCGACCACUGAUGAAAACAGCCGGAUCCUCACCUACUUCCCACAAACACCCCCCGUUCAGAAACCCGGCCCGGCCCACACGGGGCGGGAGACAGUGGGGCCGGGCUGCGCCCUGCACAUCGCGGGGUUAACGCUCAAUGACACCGGGAGCUACACUGUGAAGCUAGAGAGCCCGACUAGCCCUCCCCUCACCACGGUGCAUCUGCCCGUCUCUGAAAUGCUGCCAAGGCCCACAGUGACGCCAAACCCAACCCUGGUGCCUGAGAAAGGACCUUCACCCUCAUGGACCUUCACCCUCACAUGUAUCAGCGCCGACACCCUGCUCUGGCUCUGGGACAGGGUGUAUCUCGUGCCCAGUGAGCGGCUGGUGCUUCCCUCCGGGAACCGGACCCUCACGGUGCUGGGUGUCACCCGGGGCGACGCUGGCACCUACCAGUGCGAGGUCGGGAACCCCAUCAGCACCAACCGCAGCGAGCAAAGCACCGAGACGGGGGCCUAUGGGCCGGACUACCGGAUAGACCCUCCAGGACCCAUCGGCCUGACCCUCGGGUCCCCUCUGACCCUGACGUGUGUCGCCGACUCCGUCCCAGCCCCGAGCUAUCACUGAGUUCUCAAUGGCACCAACACUAAUGAGAACAGGAGCAACUUGACCUUUAACCCCAUGAGCUUAGAUCACCAGGGCAUGUACGAGUGCCAGGCUCACAACCCCGUCACUGGCCUCACGGAUAGUGCAGAGAUCAUGGUGGAGGAAAUGCUGCCCAGGCCCACGGUGAUGCCAAACCAAACCCAGGUGCUGGAGAACGGGACCUUCACCCUCACGUGCAAAACUUCCCCCAGCGCCAACACUGUGCUCUGGCUCCGGGACGGGGCGUCCCUUGCGCCCAGUGACCGGCUGGGGCUGUCCCCUGACAACCGGACCCUCACGGUGCUGGGUGUCACCCGGGGCGAUGCCGGAGCCUACCAGUGCGAGGUCGGGAACCCCAUCAGCACCAACCGCAGCGAGCCCAGCACCGUGACGGUGGCCUAUGGGCCAGAUUCCGUCAGGAUAGACCCACCAGGACCCAUCAACCUGACCCUCGGGUCCCCUCUGACCCUGACGUGUGUCACCAACUCUGUCCCAGCCCCGAGCUAUCGCUGGGUUCUCAAUGGCACCAACACUAACGAGACUGGGACCAGCUUGACCUUUAACCCCACGACCUUAGAUCACCAGGGCAUGUACAAGUGCCAGGCUCACAACCCAAUUACCAACCGCACUGCCUGGGUGUCUGUCGAUGUGUGGUUUGUGGAAUCUCUUCCAGAUACAACUUCACCUCCAGGCCUGCCACCCGGAGCCAUCGCUGGGAUCGUCAUUGGAUCGCUGGCCGGGGCGGCGCUGAUCGGGGGCCUGCUCUACUUCCUGCUCUGCAAAACUGGAGGGGGGCCCAAGCAGCACCCGCCCGUCAGAGGCCAGGCUGCGCCCACUCACAACCAGGGUGUCGGUGACAACAAACCUACCUUGGGUGAUGAGAACAUUCAGUAUUCUACUCUAGCCUUCACCGCAGGAGACCAGAAGCCGCUCUCUGGGCCCCAGCCCGGCCGGGAGAGCAGCACCGUCUACUCGGAAAUCAGAAAGAAAUGACUGUGAUUUGCUUGGGACUCUCGGGAGUCACUGCACCCCCCACCCAGGGGAGCUUCUGCUGCACCCCCCCCAUGCAGCACUCGCUGGGGGGCAACUCCAGUCCCACCUAUCCCCUCUCCACCAUGCAGGGUCACUGCCCACUGGGCACAAUGAGUGUGGUCCCCUCCCCGGGUGAGGGCUGUCAGGACUCCUGAGGAGCUCUGGGAGGAGGGAGAGGGGUGGAGUGGUUAGAGCAGGGGGCUGGGAGCCAGGACUCCUGGGUUCACCUUGGCUUUGCACAGCGGCUGAGCCUGGGAGUGUGUAUGCUAUGCAGAGGGGGAUGGUCGGUGUGUGGGGCUGAAGGAUAACGGCGGACACCCCCACCCCAGGCUGCGCUGUCGGUGCUGGCUGGCGGGGGCUGUGGAUCUGGGCAGCCCUGGGGCAGAGGUGAAGCAGUGAGUCACCCUAUAGCAUCUCAGCCCAGAGCCCUGUGCCCCCAGCUCCACCCCCCAGCUCUCUGCAUGCCCCUCCCCAAGCCUCCCGCUGUCAGACAGCCUCCAAGGUGCAGGGCGGUUGUGUUGCUCAGGGGGUGGUGAUGAUUGUGCAGGGUGGGGGGUGUCACUCACAGCGGGUGGGACUGGCUGAGCGGGGGAUUUGUACCAUGAUUGAUGCUGUUUGUAAUAAAAUGUCAAA